AUGAUUCUUAUUUAUGUAGAUGAUAUUCUCAUUACAGGUAACUCUUCUACAUAUUGCUCUGAACUUUUCUCUCUUCUUCAAACUCAUUUUCCUCUCAAAGACUUAGGAGAUUUACACAAUUUUUUGGGUUUGGAAGUUAAGAGAUAUGCAUCUAGUAUAUUUCUUUCUCAGACCAAAUAUGCUCUAGACUUACUCAACAAACAUGAUAUGCUGGGUGCCAAGCCAUGUUCUUCACCAGUUUGUGUUGGUACCAAAUUCUCUGCUACUGAUGGUGUACCACUUUCUGAUCCAACUUCAUAUAGAUCUAUGGUUGGAGCCUUGAAGUAUCUCACUUGGAAUAGGCCUGAAAUAUGUUAUGCAGUUAAUCAAGUGUGUCAGUUCAUGCAGUCUCCUAUCUCUGAGCACUUAACAGCUGCUAAAAGAAUUCUAAGAUAUAUUAAGUCUACUGUGGAUUAUGGCAUUCUAUUCAACAAAGGGUUGUUAGCAGUUCAUGGCUUUAGUGAUGCAGAUUGGGAUGGUUCACCUGAUACUAGGAGAAGCACAUGA